AUUCAGCCAAUGUAGUUAUGUCCACGUUUGCAUUUCGAACACUAACUUAACUCCCUUCUUUUCCAUCACACCCCUUAUUUAAGUCCAAGCUCCCCCACUUCUUCAACCCUCUAUCUCAAAAUCUCCAUUUCUUAUACCUUUUAAAUUGAGUUUUGUCUAGGGUUUGCAAUGAUUUCCAAAAGGGAGCAAGAACAAGAAGCAGUGGCAGAAGCACAAGAAGCAAAUGAUGAGAUUAUAGAAAGCAAUGAUGAAAGAUUAGGUGAUGAUUGUGGAGGUGAUAAUUUCGGAGACUGGUUGAGUUUAAGCCUCAUCUCCAACGAGCCAUCAGACGCGGAAGUCGAUGCCGAUUUUCCGUCACCAAAACCAUCCAAUAGCAAUAAAGUUUUCUCAUGCAACUUUUGCCUGAGGAAGUUUUACAGCUCACAAGCCUUGGGAGGCCAUCAAAACGCACACAAGAGAGAGAGGGGAGCUGCCAAAAGUUAUCAGUCUCACAGAAUGAUGAUGUCAGCGUUGGGGUUUCGGUUUACCCCUGUCGCUGCAGCAGUUAGGUCACUCGGAGUCCAGCCUCACUCUCUCGUGCAGAAACCUAGCGGCAGGUCAGAUGGGUCGUCGAUGGUGGCGAGAAUUAGGGAAGCCGCCGCAGGUUUUGGGAUGGCAUGGACACCCUUCAUGCUUGAAGAAACCAUGGAUCAUAUAUGGCCAGGAAGUUUCCGGAUGGAUCAUCAAUUACCCAGACAAGAGUCAGAUGUACAUAAUAAGCAGCUGGACUUAAAUCUUCGGCUGUGAUCCUAAAUUCUGAUCCUAGUAUUGCUUGUAUUUCAAUCUAAAUUCGUCUAAAUAAAUAAUACAUGUUUUAGGAUCAUAUAAAUGCAUUUGUGUGCAUUUUUUCUCUGGACAGGAUGUGUAAUUUGAUAAAUAAUGCUUUGGUGCGUGUACUGUAGUCGAUGGAACCUUUGCUAUUGUUUCCUGUUCGUUGUUUAGAAUAAUACUAGGCAUAUCAACUUUUUAUAUGACAGUGUGAUGUAUCAUCAACAUGAAAUAAAUACGUUAAUUAAUAUU